AUGUUCACUCUUCGUCAAUCGCUGAGUGCUCUUGCAGCCAUCGCAGCUGCACCUCUUGCUUCUGCCGUUCCCAUCACGACAUUCUCUCGCAUUGGUGUUUCCUCGAACGGCAUGGAUGUCUUGAACCUCCAGAUUCACGCGGCCAUGUCUCCUGGACACUUGACAGAGAACACGACCAUGACCUUUGUGGUGGAUACUCAUAGCUCGAAGGUACUUUGCUCUGGUUCAUGGGCACCCGAAGGACCUUUCCCAGAGGGCGAAUACGUGAGUCUUCUUUCAUGGUAUCAUGCUGGAGACACAAAUGCUGACCUCCAUCUAGNNAUCGCCUGUGCAAACAGCACCCUAGGCUGGAACUUCAAGGAGGACACUUACAAAAGCAUGAAUGACUUCACCUUGCAGAUGGAGUACACCUACACUGAUGACUCGUAUGUUACCAUCUUCGUGCCUNCACAAAUCAAGACUGCAGCUGACCAUUUUUUCUUCUUCAGCGUCGGCAAAGCACCGUACAACAGAGUCACAGAGUUCAGCCAUGCAAACAUCACAAGCACCAACAUUCAGUGCUCGUCGCAAACAGAGACUUGCCAACAGCCCAAGAACAGCACGAUCACCGCCAUCGUGUAUGCCGCCAUCGCUUAG